AUGCGUCUAUCCAGCCUCUCGUUCUUCAUCCAGGCUCUGCUGUUGACUGCGGUCGCAGCCCAGUCUGGGAUCCCGAACAUAGGGAAGGAUAUGACAACUUCAACAACAACUACUUCCGACCCGCCUGAAUCCACGCCGCCUGCUGACCCGUCCUCCUCGAGCUCUACAACUUCGAACGAGUCAUCCACCACCCCUGAACCUGAUCCCAGCUCCUCGAGUUCGUCCACUUCCGCCACACCCACCGACCCUACCACCCCGGCAGAGCCCUCUAGCACCCCAGAGCCCACCCUUCCUCCAUCCACCACCCCCAAGGAGCCCAGCCCCUCCACGUCAAGUACCGAUAGCACCACUACAUCCAAGAGCAGCACCACCCAGACCCCUGUCGUUAAGACCAUCACCUCUUACGCGACCGGCGUCGAUGGAUCCACCUCCGCCAACGUCAUGACCACCACCUCCACCCCCGCUCCCGAUGCCAGCUCCCCCUCUCUCAAUGGCGACAAGGGCUCCGGCGCCAGCGGCGUGUCUUCUUCCGACAAGAAGAUCAUCAUCGGUGUCGUCGUGGGUGUCGGCGGUGCUAUUCUGAUCGGUGCCGUCGGCUUGGUCUUCUGGAGACUUCACAAGAAGCGCAGCGAGCAGUACGGUGAUGAGGAUGAUCUGAUGGGCGGCACCGCUGUGGGUUCUGGUCCUCGCGAGAAGGCUCCCAGCCCGGCCGGCAACACCCCCUUCAAGAACACACUGGAUCAGUAUCACAAUCCUGGCCCUGUCAACGCGGCAUCCAAUUUCUAA